AACCAAACGAGGUAAAUACCGCGAGAAGUUUCACAACAUAUCAAGUGACACCUCCGUCGAAAUUUAGCUUUAAAUCCUCGGAGUGGACCCGAUGGAUUCGUCGCUUUGAGCGAUUCAGAAUUGCGACAGAACUCGACAAGAAAGAGGAAGCCAAACAAGUCAACGCGCUGAUAUAUACUAUGGGCGACGAGGCAGAUGACAUAAUAUCGUUUGGUCUCAGCGAACAAGAAAUGAAAAGCUACGAAACAGUUCGAGACAAGUUUGAAAAUCACUUCAUCGCCAAACGAAACGUUAUUUUCGAAAGAGCAAAGUUCAACGUUCGAAUUCAAGACGAAAACGAACCUGUCGAAAGUUGUAUUACCGACCUGCAUUGUCUUGCAAAGUAUUGCGAAUUUGGCGUAUUAAAGGAUCAGCUAAUAAGAGAUCGCAUCGUCGUCGGACUGAGAAAUAAAAAGUUGUCUGAGAAAUUACAAUUAGAUCCAGAGCUUACUUUAGCAAAAGCCAUGGCUCAAGCCAGACAAAGCGAGGAAAUCAAGAAACAACAAAACAUUAUUCAUGGACAAAAAUCGACCGGAAGUAGCGAGCAUAAUAUUGACAACAUUUCUAAGAAUAGAAAACAACCCUCGCGGGAUUCGCGCGAAAAAAAUUUUAACGACAGAAAAUACGGCAAAAUGGACGGCAAACCCAAAUGUACGCGGUGUCUCGGACCAGCGCACUCCAGGCAAUUCUGCCCAGCAAGUGAGUCUAUCUGUAAUAACUGUUCAAAGAAAGGACAUUGGGCAAAAGCAGGUCGAAGCCAAGCAAGCCAACAACUCCGCAAGAAACAAGUUAACGAACUAACUUCCCGCCAAGAAACCGAGGAGGAAAGUUCGUCUGAGGAAGAUGUCUACUUUUUGGGCGAAGUCGUACGCCUCGAUACUAUCAAUAAAUCUGGCAAUAAACCGUGGACUGCAGACAUAAAGGUAAACGAAACAAAUAUUUUAUUCAAAAUCGACAGCGGCGCUGACGUCACAGUGAUACCUUUAACAGUAUAUCAACAACGAAAACUACAGUCAACACUCAAGUCGACUGGUAAAGUUCUUAUGGGCCCGUGCAAUUACAAAAUGAACUGUAUAGGAACAUUAACUUCACAGCUGCGACACGAGGACAAGACAACUACAGAAGAAAUAUUCGUCGUUAAAGGACUCGAAAGAUCAUUAUUAGGAAGACAAGCAGCCCACAGUCUGAAUUUACUCAACUGUGUCGACGCUCUAAACAGCAACGAAAUGAAAGAAAGCGUCAAAGAAAAGUAUCCCAAUCUUUUCACUGGUCUUGGACAAAUUAAAGACCAAGAGUAUGAUAUUAAAGUCACGCACGAAGCAACACCUUUUGCAAUCACGGUUCCACGACAAGUUCCGAUACCACUUCGAAAAGAAACCGAACGGGAAUUACAAAGAAUGGAACGCAACGGAGUAAUAUCUCGAGUUGAAGAUCCAACCGAAUGGUGCGCCCCGAUGGUUGUAACGCCAAAAAGCAAUGGAAAAGUUCGAGUAUGCGUAGAUCUCACAAAGCUUAAUCAGUUCGUGCAACGUGAAAACCAUCCCCUACCAACAACCGACACGACAUUUGCAAACCUUGCUGGAGCUCGGUAUUUUACAAAGUUAGACGCCAACUCUGGAUUUUGGCAAAUCAAGCUCUCGGAAAGAUCAAAACCUCUAACAACGUUCAUAACACCCUGGGGACGGUACUGUUUCAACGUUCUUCCUUUCGGAAUAAGUUCAGGGUCUGAAAAGUUUCAGAAAUGUAUGUGCCAAAUUCUCGAAGGUUUGGAUGGGUCGAAUGCAACAUCGAUGAUGUUCUAGUUCACGGUGCAACACAAGAAGAACACGACCGAAGAUUGGAAGCGGUUCUACAACGACUCGGUAACGCCAACGUCACGCUAAAUGCCGAAAAGUGCGUGUUUAACGUCUCGAGUGUGAAAUUCCUAGGUCAGAUCGUGGGAGCUGAUGGCAUCAAACCCGAUCCAGAGAAAAUACAAGCGAUUCUCGAAAUGCCACACCCAACCAACCUACAUGAAGUCCGUUCCUUUCUUGGAAUGGUAAAUCAAUUUAGCAAAUUUACCACCAAUCUUGCUGACCUGACAAAGCCCAUCCGAGAACUGCUAGUUAAGAACACUGCGUGGACAUGGGGACCACCACAACAAGACGCUUUUGACAAAAUCAAGAAAGCCCUGACAUCAGCACCGAUACUAACCUUGUACGACCCCAACAAAGCAACCAAAAUAGCGGCCGACGCAUCAUCAUACGGCCUUGGAGCGGUGGUGCUGCAAGAAGAAGAACCAGACACCUGGAAACCUGUAUCAUUUAUUUCAAGGUCGAUGACAACAACCGAGGCCAGGUAUGCCCAGAUAGAGAAAGAAGCUCUAGCGGUAACUUGGGCAUGUGAACGGUCAAGCAAUUACAUAAUUGGAAAACCAAUAACAAUUGAAACUGACCACAAACCACUGGUACCUUUAUUAACUCUUUUUCACCACGCCCCAGUUAAAUCGAUCAGCACUGAACGAUUGCAAGAAAUUGCAAGAAAUUUAAUAUCUUCGGUUCAGUGCAUGCUAUGAAGACAGAAAUACCACCAUUCGAUUCAAAAAUAUAAGAUUCAACUAAUUCCUCCCUAUAGUUAUAGUCAUUAUCAACAUUGUAGCGAUUUAUGGGCCUUUGAAGUCAAACACGAUCAUAUUGUAUCAAAUUACGCAAUUGUUUGAACAAAAAUAUAGACUAGCCGUACCUUUCGCCGAAAAUAACUUCGGCCCCUUCGAAAAUAUCGUCUUUGUAAUGUGCUUGUUAAAAUCGCCAUUAAAAACACUACUUAGAGUGUUAUUUGCAAGCCUGUGUCUUCAAAUCUGUAUCUUUUAUCAAUAUAUUUCCAUUUCUUGCCCGACUGUGAGCUCGAAGUGAAUUAAUCCCAACCGGAAAUACGACUGAAAACCGUCAAAACAAUUCGAAGCUUGUAUCGUAUGACCCUGGAAAGGCCAGAAAUGGAUUCGCAAGGUCAAAUUGCACCUACACGCGUGAGUUUGACGUCAUACCGGCCAACAGGAGCUUCUUAUUGGCCAAUUAUUGCGCAAUGUUCGCAAGUGCUAGUAAAACCCGAUAUCUUGAAAAAUUCAAAAUAAAUAUUUCUAGUCGGCGUAUACAUACGAAACUUUCUACACAAAAGCGCUUGGCCACAAAGAGUAUUUUACACAUAUAGCCGUUCAGAAAAUGGCGAAAAGUUCAAGAGAUAUUCAAGAUCGUGUAGAUAUGAAAUCUAGAAUUUUUGGCCAAGCGGUGAGUAAAUAUAUGAUUGUUUCGGUUUGUGUAAUGCUCUGACGGCACUUGACCCCCCGUUCGAAAGGUUAUUUUAUGAGGAUUUCAAUGAUGGCUUUUAUUUACAAGGGGGGUAAAUACUCGCCGAGAUAUUUAUUUUAGAAAAAUUGUGUCGUAAUCUGCAAGACUACAACGCUACAAGAUGAGACUAAUGAGAUUCCACAUCAAAGAUGUUCGACACGUACCUGGAAAACUACACUACACAGCCGACACUCUGUCCAGGAAGAUACCUGAAAGCACAGUCCAACCAACCGUAGAAGAAAACGAAAUGAACGCUUACGUUUUAAGCGUAAUUGAUGCCUUGCCCGCAUCUAAUCCGAGAUUGAAGGAAAUCCAACAAGCCCAAGAUGAAGACGAGGUAUGCAAAGAAGUGAAGAAAUACUGUAUGGAUCAAUGGCCAGGAAAAGAUCAUGUCACUCCUGCCGUAAAACCUUACUGGUCAGUACAAGGAGAGCUCACCAUCGCCGACGGGUUAUUGCUCAAAGGAACAAGACUGGUCAUUCCAUCCCGCUUGCAACGCCAAACCCUCAACCAAAUACACGAAGGUCACCAAGGUAUCAGCAAAUGCAGAGAACGAGCCAAAAUAUCCGUUUGGUGGCCAGGACUCAGUGCCCAAAUUAAAGUCAUGGUCGAAAACUGUACAACAUGCAGCAAAUACAGACAGCAGCAUCCAGACCCAUUGAUGCCAACGCCACUCCCUCAAAGACCAUGGCAAUUGAUUGCAACAGACCUUUUCAUUCUAGAAAAGGUUACUUACCUACUGGUGGUAGAUUAUUAUUCUCGCUACGUCGAAGUUGUGGCAUUACCUAAAAGUACAAGUUCAUCGAAGAUCACUCAAGCCCUGAAAACCAUUUUCGCCAGGCACGGGAUUCCUGACGAGGUACGUUCCGACAAUGGGCCUCAAUAUCAUAGUGACGAAUUCGCCCAGUUUGCAAAGGAGUGGGGAUUCAAACACAGUACCAGCAGCCCUCGUUAUCCUCAAGCGAACGGCGAAGUGGAACGAGCAGUAAAGACAGUGAAAAACAUCCUGAAGAAGGAACAAGAUCCAACAAAAGCACUACUGGCAUAUAGAUCAACACCAUUAGCAAGCGGAUACUCUCCAGCAGAAGUCCUUAUGGGAAGAAAGAUAAAGUCAACAAUACCAAUAACACUACCACAUUUAACACCACAACUGCCAAACCAGAAACUCUUCAUAGAAAAAGAAGAAGUAUAUAGAUCGAAGCAGAAAAAGAACUUUGACAAUCGCCACAAAGCUCAACCAUUAAAACCUCUACCACCAGGAGCAACAGUUUACAUCACAGACAUGGACUGUACCGGAACAAUAAUUAGACCAUCCAAGAAACCAAGAUCAUAUCUGGUUGAUACUCCUACAACGGUAGUAAAACGAAACCGAGUACAGCUGCAAAACAUUCCCAAGGACAUUGAUAAGAAACAAGACGAACAGGAAACAACACCAUCAUUAAAUAUAAAUAGCAGACCUAGCAGAAUUAAAACAUUGUCUUUGAAAACAAGAGAAAAUCUUGGACUAGAGUAGUUGACAUUCAAAAUUAUUAAAACAUUAAAGUUACAAUCAAAAUAAGCGAAAGACUUAGCUAAGUUGACAUUAAGUUUUACAUCUUUAAGAAAAGGGAGAUGUAAUGUGAUUCAAUUAAUAUUAACUAUUACUAAUGACGGGGCCACGUGUAUAUAAACUAAUGUAUUGAUAUUAAAGUCUCUUUUCAAACCUUACUACAUUCUCGUCCAUCCAUGCGUUGAGAAUUGUUUGAAAAAAAUGCAUUCUACUGUUAAAACAUCCGGUACGGUUAUCUACUUACAGUUAAUGCGGAAUAUCCGAGACGCGUUCUUUGAUAAAUCACUAUCGCCACUUAAAAGGCUUUACCUUAUGUGGAACUCGAUUUUCUUUCUGAGAAUCUGGAGGUGCUGGUUGUCAGAAAAGGGUUUGACCGAAAGCGAUUAUUUCGUGACAAAUAAUGCCUACUUAUGCGUUGAACUGAAUGGGCAUAUGAUGAUAAACCUCGUUUACAAUGUUAUCCGAAGAGAUUUUCCUGAAGAGGCACUACGAAUCUGGUUGUCUGGAUCACAAGGCUGCGAGCAACUUUUCAGGCUGCUAAGGUCAAUGACACCGACCUUUUCCACAAUCGUCAAUUUCUCACAACCUCGCAAGCCAGGGUCUUUUACUUCCGCACGGCGCUACAGCAAAGACCCUGGUUCCCUCUGGUCACGUGAGCUCCUCAACAAGAGAUCCCAGGGGAGGGUGGUUGAAAUGUGAUAUGUUGUAAUUUACAACUUCCGGUUAAAUGUUGUGUUUUCAAGGCCCGCCGAGGAGUGACUGUAAAGCUAUGAGAAGUGACUUCAACUGUAGUAUGCAAAAACAUUCAAAAUGUAUUAUUUUUCUUAUCUGUCUGCAGUUUUCUAUUAUAAAUAUUUUCUAUGCAAACACUAUUUUGAAGCCCAAGCAGGUUAUUUGCUUGGAAAAGCUGUCCUUUGGCGUGUAUAUACUGGCAAUUUUUCCAACCGCUAAUAUGGCGAGUCGCUGUUUUACCAGCUUUUACCUUUGAUGCUUUUCGCUAAAAGAGCGUUAGAAGAACGUCCAACUCGUGGCGUUUGUGUAAAUGAGUAAUGCUGCUCGUUACAGUAUAUCGCGAACGCGCCUUUGAUAAACAAUCCAGCUCGAAAAUUAUAUGCGAUAAAACUCAAAGUAGCCAUUAAAAUGUGACAACGAAGAGAUUGAUUGCGAUGUAGCUGAACUUGACCAAAAGACAAAACUAAUUCUACAUGUUACUUUUCAAUCCAUUAUGUUGUUAUCGUAUCUCAAUUUUGUUCACUUUAAUCUUUAUGCCAAACGUAGUAUAUUGCGUGUUUAAUAAUAACGUACCAGUCGUUAUUGCGUGACUGCAGCUACAGUAAAACCCCGCAUAUAAGAACCUAGAAUUUAAGAACCUGUUAGGCUAAAAUAUUUUACUUAGACCCCCUUUAAAUAAGAACCUGCAUGGUCAGGCUCGAAAUUCAAAACAGAUUCUUAUAUUAUCAAGUACAGUAGAGUCAAAAUUAAGUCAUAAGUUACAAUCAGUGUAUAGCUCAGUAGCUUUAAAUUAAAAUGCAUAUUUACAUAAGAACCUGUGCAGGCUAACUUGGAAAAUCUAGGUUCUUAUAUGCGGGGUUUUACUGUACAGCAUAUAAACUUCACCGAAGGCACAAAAAAGAAUCACUUGGCUUGCAUAAUUGCUUUGAGUUGGUUGCAAAUUCUGAGCGAAAGAAUAUCUUUUACGAAAGGGUAUUCAGAUACAAGCACUGAUAUUGAUGCCUUGGAGCGGGACAUUUGCAGACCAAUUUAUGCUGUAGUGUAUGCAAAACACAAUGUUUAUGUGUUGAGUGUAGUUUAGAUAUGAAAAGUUAAUCAUUUUACCUGAUUAUACAAAUAUUUUUGGGCCUGUGAAAUAUUCUUGACUUUGUACCAAAUGAAUACACAAUUAAUCAAAUGUGAAUUUUGUUAAACUCAGUUUUUUUUAAAGUGGGCACAAGUUGCACUCUCUCAUAUAUAUGUCAUUAUUUCCAUAUAUAAACUCAAUUUACUUCAUGCACAGUACAAAACCCCAUAAAGCAGUGCCAGAACACAAUUCUAAAUUGAAUAUAUAUUUCAUAUUUAUACAGUAUACUAACUGUAACCAUACAGCUAUUUGAAUUAAAGUUGUCACAGACAAUAGUCAGAUGUACAAUAAUAUGAGUGCUAAAUGAAUAAUGGUAAUAAUGAUAGUUUUCAAUAAAUUUAAACCUCAAAUAUAUUAUGAAUACCAAUUUAAUUUGUAUUCCCGUGAGGCUAUUGAUGUGUUAAAAUAGAAUCUUUUUUAGCGUUCAAUAUAUUGCACAUUUAACUAUUGUCUGUGACACUAACCUUAAUUGGAAUAGCUGCAUUAUAAAAUAUAGGACAAGUGCAAAUUGUGCAUCUAUUAAUCCUUUCAAGCUAGGGUAGUCUUGGUAGCAUCUGCUACAGCCAUACAAAUCAUUGUAAGUGUUGCAGUAUUCACAGUCAUAAUUCCUCUUCAUCUUCUGAUGUGUCUACUGGUACGCGCUUGGUGAAUGUUCCUCUUGUGUUUGCCGGUUUAGCUAGUCAUCAAAUGCAGUGACAAUUUGUCUAUAAUGUUGCUAAUGUAUCUGAUGAUAUAUCUGUGAAGAAACCUUCAUGAAAGUGAUCAUAUACCGUAUUGUUGAUUGCAAAUGGUUUCAAUUCCAAGAGAUCACAUAAAAUAACAUUUUCUCCGAAAAUUUGUGCUUGUGAGAGGAUGCCUUCUUGACUUAAUUCCUACAGCUAUGUCGAAGUUGUUUAUCAUUUCUGCAGAUCGAUAUUCCUCCAGUCGCUAUACUUUAAUAUUAAACAUUCGAUUGGCUUCACUGUCUUGGGUGUUUUAUUGGCCCCCAUUCUUUUAAUUUAAUGUUAAUUUAGGAAGAUUAGAAAAUCCGUCAUCGGUCAUCACACGCAAGAGUUCCACAAUUCACAAAUUCUGUGAUACGAAGCAGGUUUUUAUUUCGCUAUUCAGCUAGCUCUAAGAAUAGGUUGUUGCAAUACUACUUGUCGAUAAUACUACCACAAAGGCGACACUUGCAUUCCGAAAACAAAGCCGAUUUCGGGUAAAUAAUCUUUGCAGUUUCCUUUCGCUGUGCCAUACUGUAGCUUGAGAGCUACUGAAUAUAUUGUACUUUGACUUAGUAUAGUGUGCAUUCGACCAUUAUUUUCUUUGCGUUGAUAAAUAAUGGCUCUACUUCAAGGUGUAAAACAGACCUCCAGCCAUGCAAAUUAUAUCAAGUAGGUGUAAAAAGCUUUCAAGCGCCAGGCGGUGACAUAUUUCAUAAAAGAUAACACAAAGACCGACAAAACCCAAAAUAUGGGUUAAUACAGAGCGUAAAUGGCCGUAUUUCCAUAGGCAUAGUUAUAGAUAUCGAUGUUUUCGCUCGUGAAUUUCCCCUUCCACUUCUCCCUAAGUGGCAAAGAGGCGGCAAUUCGAAUUACCCCUAAAAUCUGGGGGUUCACGUGACCAGAGGGAACCAGGGUCUUCGCCGGAGCCCGAGCGCAGGUAAAAGACCCUGGCUUGCGAGGUUGAAUUUCUCAUUGAAAGGGAUUCUGGAGAAAAUUCACAAAUUGCAGUUUCUGACUUCAGCAGAGACGGACGAUAACAUUGUUUUCCCCAGACUUAAGAGACAUCUACUGCAAAGCAAAGCCGAGCAUACUGACACAUUUGCUGUUCCAGAUAUCAAUGAUGUAACAAAAGAAAUUCUUAAAGCAAAGAACGAUGCAAUAGCUCUCUGUUCGGCUUGUGGAAUGAAGUUGGCUUCCUACGAGGAUAGCAAAAUUGUGAAGGACAUUGACAACAUUGUUCAAGAAGCAAUUGUGAACGACGAUGAAAAUUGCGAAAUUACUGUUUUACAAACAGAGACUACAUCAGACGCUACAACAACAACAACUCAAGAGCGAGACUUACCAAUGCCACGGGAACAAGUUGUAACAAUUUGUGAAGAUCUUUCCCAAAUCCGAUUAAGAAAGGCAUCAAACUCUGGACUGCCUUGCUACGAAAAGAUUGUAAAUCCACAAGCACAGAGCAUUGAGACGUCAGCGAAAUCUUUCAAAUUGGAUAAAAAGGAUGGAUCAAAUCACAAGUUUCCUUUUUUCUCCUAUAACGGUACAUACAUCAGAAAAACCACGGGAUUGUAUCUUUUACAAGAAAACUUUCAACUUUCGAACGACCGCUUGUUGCGUGUACGUGAUGAGCAGCCAAGUCACAUCUUUUCGAACACAGGUAGAGAAACAGGACCACAGAAAUCAGUGCGAUGUGGAGAUCUUUGUUUAUUUUCAAGAGUAGACUGUGAAAAGUGUCUAGUUGGCAGAGUUAUCCAGUUUUCCUACCUUACUGGGAGCAAGAAAGAAAGACAAUACUCGUCAGACUAUGUAGAUCUCACAAAGGAUUCGCAUAAGAACAUUGGUGUACUGGCAAACUGGUUUCAAGGAACCCGAGCUGUUUCUGGAAACAAUACCAGCGGAGGUUUAAUAACUUUUAAACCAAUCGAAAACGUUUUUACUCCUGGUUAUUUAUCCAUGAAGCAUUCUGUUGGAAGUAUUGACGACUCCUCCUUGCAAGAAAAUCCUGAGUUUUCGUUUUCUAUUCCUGUAGAGGUGGUCCGGAAGGUUUUACCCAACUGGCACUCAAAAAUAACCUUUGAUUUUAAUUAAAGUAAUAAGUUCACUUUGUUGUGCAUGCCUGUGCCACGAUUGGUUAUUUUAGGUACAAAUAUAUG